AUGCAGGAGUGCCACACCGGCCUGUGUCUGUCCGUCUACAUCAUCACCUUUGUGCUGGGAUUCCCCGCCAACAUCCUCGCCUUUUACACCUUCUGCAAGAAAGUGAGGCAGAAACCAACACCCAUAGACAUCCUACUCCUCAACCUGACCAUCUCCGACAUCCUCUUCCUGCUCUUCCUCCCCUUCAAGAUGCACGAAGUCAGCAACCGUUUUACAUGGAACCUGCCUUACGUCCUUUGCCCAUUGUCUGGCUUCAUCUUCUUCAUGACCAUCUACAACAGCACCUUCUUCCUCACUGCAAUUAGCGUCGAGCGCUACCUGGGUGUGGCGUUCCCCAUCAAGCACACCCUGAAGCGGCGACCGAUUUAUGCCACCGCUGCUAGUAUCUUCUGCUGGAUUUUCAACAUCCUCCACCUGAGCAUCGUGUUCAUUGUGCCUCUCAUUGGAGAUGAUAACCCAUCGGGUCCCAACGGCACAAUCAGUAAUGCCCCAAAGAGGAACGUUUGUUACGAGAACUUCACGCCAGCUCAGGAGAAGAUUCUUCUGCCUGUGCGUCUCGAACUCUGCAUCGUACUUUUCUGCAUCCCUUUUUUGAUUUGCAGUUUCUGCUACAUCAACUUCAUAAAGAUUUUGUCCAGGCUGCAUCACAUCGACCGGCGCAGACGCAUGCGAGCCAUCGGCAUGGCUUUGGGAACACUUCUGGUGUUCGCUCUUUGCUUCGGUCCCUACAACGUGUCGCACAUUGUUGGAUACGUCAUGUGGCAAAGCCCAAAGUGGAGGGACAAGGCCCUUCUGUGCAGCACCUUUAAUGCCUGCCUAGACCCUCUUAUUUUCUACUUCUCCUCUUCUGCUUUGAGGGGGAAUGUGGGCAGUAUGACGAGAGGGGUUAAGAAUCGCCUAAAUUGGUGCUUCUCCUGCCAGACACUGGGGGGCUCAUGUGGGGGGAUUAGCAAGACUACAAAAGAUAAGGACACACAAGAGGAGACCAAUGAGAGCUAA